UUUAUUUUCGAUAACUCAACGCGAAGUAUUAUAUCGAAUAUUUAAUUAUUUAUCAUUCGAAUCAUCUCGAAAGUGAGAGAUAUCAUUUUAAAGAUUUCUCUUUUUAUUAAAUUAUAUAUAUAUUAUUUGCAAUCCAGAGAGAGAUAAUUUGUUCGGAAAUUCAUUAGAUGAUGUGUUGCUUGUGAUGUGAAUGUUUAUUUUAACGACAGUAUAAGGGGCUUUGAAAUGAUGGAUCGCGUGAUUUUUCAUUUUUACAAGUGAGGGAUCAAAGAAAUUAUGACGAGGUCGUGAUAAAGGGAAAAAAGAGGAAUGAGAUAAAUAAGUGGGGGUGAGAUCGAUGUAAUAAUCGUCUAGAAGUGACUAAAGUCGUGAAUGAAUAUCGUAACCACGUGGCUUGGCAAGGAAGUGGCACGUGGGAAAAUUUCGUUGAAAUACGCGCGUCUCUUUCUCUCUCUUCUUCUCUCUCUCUCUCUCUCUCCCUCUCUCUCUUUCUCUCUCUCUAGUUCUCUAUUUACCUUUCGCGCGUUCGAAAAUGUUGUUGGAAUUUCGUUUCGCUGAUUCUCGUUCGAUUAAUCGUCACGAUUCGAAAAUUGAAGCUCAUCGAGGAAAAUAUGUUCGAGUGGUGGUUAGCGAAUGUUUGAUUAUCGCGUGCGAAUAAUUUGAAAAGAAAAAACAAAAAAAAAAGGAAUAGAAAUAAAAAAAAUAAAUAUAAAAAAAAGAAAAUAAGGAGACUUUCUCGUAGAAAAAGAAAAAAAAAAAAAGAAUAGAGGAAGUUGAAUUACAUAGUGGUAUGAUGAUUCGAGUAAACAACAAAAUGAAAAAGAAAUGAGAGUAUUAAGUUGCGAAGACGAGUAUCCGAUAAUUGGACCAGAUGAACGAAUAAGUAGAACGAUACUCUUGGACAGAAACGGCGAGUUGUGCGGAGAGAAUCAACGAAGGAAACUCUAUAAGUAUUCGCAAACGUACUUCAAGCCGCAAAUCCACCGGGAAAACAUUCCGUUCGUAUCGCGGCUUAAGAGCCAGUUAAUAUAUUUCGAAAGAGAAACCGAGAAAAGUUUGAGGAAUCGCGUUAGCGCUUCCGAUGGCGCGAAUAAUUAAUUUGUGCUAAUUAGCGCCCCAAGGACAAAGUGAAGAAGAGAAAGAGGAGGAGGAGGAGGAGGAGGAGGAACAGCGAGAACAACCAAAAAAAAAAACGACAGAGAGAGAGAGAGAGAGAGAAAGAGAAUGAUAGAAGACGAGCGACAAGAAAGAGUCCAGUUUUAGGUUUAACAAUUAUUAUAACGAGAAAACGAAGACUUUUCAACUCGUUGAAGAAAAAGAAUGAAGAAGGAACUUUGCAAUCGUCGGUGGAUAAAAAUACGCGAGUUUGUAUAGGGGUUUUUUUCACAGAGAAAGAAAGAGGAGAAAGAGAGAGAGAGAGACAACUGUGUGAUGGAAAAUUUAAUAGUUUCAAUUAACAAGGAAGAUUAGAAAUUACGGCAAGGUAUCGUAAAAAUGUCUUCUUUCAAGGAAAUAAAUUAAAAGGAAAUAAGGACAAAGAGGUCGAAAAGUGACCGUAAUAGAAAAGUUAAAAUUGCAAAUUUUCAUAGUUUCAUCGUCCUAGGUGAAAAUUACAAAAGAAGGGAAACCUUAAUAAAGAAUCCAACAAUUGGUCCGCGCGAAAGCGCCGUAGAUUUUUCUUCGAACAAAUGUCAAGUGAACGAUGAACCACUCGAGGGUGCAGGUGCGCAAGUGGGCCACCACUUCGGUCGGUGAAUCGUGCUCCAGGUGCGGAAAGUGUCUGACUAAAAUGCAGCUGGUACUACUGGCGGUGCUACUCUACUCCUCACCGACGACAGGACAGGAACCGAAAAUAGUGAGACUGGACGUGCCGGAUAUUGUGGACCCAAGAUGGGAAAACGUCACCUUGCGAUGCGAGUACGAUUUAGGUGGGAAAGAACUUUACUCGGUUAAAUGGUUCAAGGAUGGAAUUGAAUUCUUCAGAUUUAUGCCGAGUUCGAGACCGGUUGGUGAAUAUUUUCCCGUCGAAGGUAUCAUCGUUGAUAUUGCUCGGAGCGAUGGGCGACAAGUGACGCUACUGGGACAAUCCAAUGAUCGCAGAAAAAGAAUAAAUCUUGGCGGAUCGUAUGGUUGCGAGGUGUCAUCAGAGGCACCGAGUUUUCGUAUAACGUAUGCCGAAGCAAAUAUGAGCGUCGCAGUGUUACCGAAAAGUCCGCCUGCUCUUGACGGGCUUCGACCUUAUUAUGAGAUUGGCGAGAUCCUGGAAGCAGCGUGCACAUCUGCAUUGAGUUACCCACCACCAGUGCUAACCUUUAUUCUCAACGGCAAAGAGGUAGACAAAGCGAUAACGAAGGAAAUACCAACAGAUGGAUACAUCGAAGAAAAUUUGAUAUCAACGUCCCGAUUGGGUUUCUCUUUGCGUUUGGAACGGCAACACUUUCCCGGAGGAACUCUCCACUUGGUCUGUCAAUCUUCUUUACCGGAUAUACCGAACGUACCACCAUUCAAGACGGAAAAAACUGCCACGUUAGCGGCGAGUAAUCAAAGACUCGCUCAAGAAGCCCCGAAGUCGGGAUCCAGUUCAAUCCUCGUCCCUUCCUUUACAAUGCUAUUGUGCUUCUUACGAGUUAGUUGGAAUUAGCUUGAUUGUACUCGAUGGAGAUCGAUUGAUGAUCAUCGAGUUUACCACAGAUUGCGAAAUUCAACAUUGAAAAAUCUUUAUCUCUCUC